AUGGCGGCGGCUGGACUGAGUCUGCCGGCGGUGGGGCCGUACCAGCCGGGGACGGAUUUUCCUCGAUGGCUCAACAGCGUGGAUCUGUACAUGGCGGCCCUGGACGUCACUGGGGACGAGAGGAAGACGGCGAUUCUGUUGCACCUGCUCGGACCCGAAGUGCAGGAGGUGUACGGCACGCUCCCGGAGCCGACAACUGGAGUGACCGGCUGCUAUGCGACGUGUGUAGCUAAACUCCGAAGCUACCUGGCGCCGCAGCGCAACGUCAUCGCUGAUCGACUCGCGUUUCAGCGGUUGCGCAUGGUGGAAGGCGAGCUGUUUGACGCGUUCCUGUCCCGUCUGCGCCUCGCGGCAGCUCGGUGCCAGUUCCCGCCCGAGCAGGUCAGCGCGGCCCUGCGGGACCAGGUCAUCGCGGGCUGCACGCCUCGCCUGCAAGAGCGAGUGCUGCAGCGGGCCGUGGAGGCGCAGGAGCCGCUCAGCCUCCAAGACGUCGUCAACAUAGUCCACAAUGUGGAGCGGACCGACCGCCUGCUCCGUGAGGUGCGGCAGGACGGCCAGCUGGCCGUACCUCAGGAGGAGCAGCAGGUGCAGGCGCUCGGACAACCCAGCCGAGGGGAGCAGCGCUGUUUCCAGUGUGGCGAGCUGGGCCACUGGAGGGACCACUGUCCCAGCGCGCAGUCGCAGCAGGCCGGCGCGCGGCCCCGGCAGGCCGGUGCGCGGCCACGGCAGGCUGGUGCGCGGCCACGGCGGGCCGGCGCGCCGCGCUGCUACCGGUGUGGAGAGCGCGGACACCUGCAACGGGACUGCAGCAAACGACGGGCUGUCAAGUUGAUCCAGGACAGCGACCAGGCCGACUGGCAGGUCUGCGCCGUGCAUCUGGCGGCAGGAGCGGCGCAGAAGAGCGGAUUCUUCCGACAGCCCGGCUCAGCAAACGGCGGUCGGCUGGACAGCCGACGCGGCGGACCGCGCCGGAGGGGCGGAACGCGCCGGUGCUUCAGGCGCGGCGACUCAGGACACUUGAAGCGUGACUGCCCCGGAUGCGGUCAGGUGACGUCUGUGGACGCCGUGACGUCCGUGGCGCAGCGGAGGACACAGCGUCAGGACCGGCUGCCACUGGUCACGGUGACGGUCAACGGCCGGCCAACAGAGAUGAUGGCAGACACCGGGUCGCCAGUCUCGAUCGUGGCGGACGGCAGCAUCCCGGGGCUGAAGCUGCGACCAUCAACGGUGCAGCUGCGCUCGUUUACGGGCCAGACGGUGCCGGUCCGCGGCGAGGCGACCGUAGAGGCGGAGUUCGGCGGCCAGCGGAGGCGGCUGAGUGUCGUAGUCAGCGACCGACUCGGACACCAACCGCUGAUAGGACGGGACUGGUUGCGCGACAUGCGCCUCGACUGGCGGUCGCUGCUUCAGGGCAGCGAGGACCGUGAAGUGAGCGGCGCCGACGGAGUCAGAGGGCGCCGUGACACUAAAGGAGCCGGUGGGCGCCGGGAUGCUGAUGCUGCAGGAGCCGGCGGGCGCCAGGACGCCGAUGGAGCCGGCGGACGCCGGGAUGCCGAUGGAGCCGGUGGGCGCCGGGGCGCCGGCGGAGGGAGCGGACACGGGUACGUCGGCGGAGGCGGCGGUGCCGGGCGGCCCGUCGGAGACGCUCGUGCCAGAAGCUUCGGUGGCGGAGACGGGAUCGGCAGUGUCAGAGCGGCGACCGUCGGCGACGUCCGACGAGCAGGGUUCAGCGACGGGUACACCGGCGGCGACGCCAAACGGCCCGUCGGCGAUGAUCGCGCUGAUGGCCGCGGUGACGGCGGCCGCGCCGGCAGUGCCAGUGACCCCAUCGGAGGGUGCAUCAGUGGCGUUGACCUCAGUGGAGGUCGUGUCGGUGCCGGUGACAGCGGAGGUGACCUCAGUGGUGCACUCGGUGACGGCGGCGGCGGCGGCGACGUCAGCCACGCCGAUAACCUCGGUGACGGUCAGGCCGGUGACCCCAGCGGGGGCGACGGUCAGGCGAGUGACCUGGGAGGAGCCGGCUGCGCCGGUGGCCUCAGUGGUGCCGUGGGUGACCGCGGUGGCGGCGGCGCUAGCGACGCCGGUGACCCCGGCGGCGGCGGCGGCGGCUGCGCCGGUGAGGUCAGUGCAGUGGGGCCUCUUGAACGUGAGCGCGGCGCGCACACUGGGCGCUCCGCAGUGCCGUUCCGCCCGGCGUCGGAGGGCCCGAGGCGGCUUAUCGGCGUCUGA